AAGCCAGAGCUGUGACUAAAAAUACCCACAAACCACCAGUGGAGAAGUGGUCUAUCAGUGAGGGGACGUGAACAUAUACUGUAGAAGGCUACAGACCUUAGAGCUAUUAGAUUGGCUGUUAGAGACUGGAUGUAAGAGUUUGCACUCUGUUUGGAUAAAGCCUGGCUAAAGGCACCUCUGAAGGCUUUUUAUUCCUUUUGUUUAUGAACAUUAGCGCUCUUCAGCCAAUCGCUUUGAAGACCCCUUCCCAGAGAGGAUAUUGAUUCCCCCCUACCGAAAUUUCCAAACACUAAUGAGCGUGACCAACUCUUCUGCCUAUCGAUCGGAGCGCACUUUCCACCAGACGUCCUCCUCUUCCUCCUCUUCUUCCUCAUCCUCCUCUUCCUCCUCAUCAAACCCCUACAUGGAGAAGAGCCGGGGACUCUUCGCCGAGGACUUCGGGUCCUUCAUGUGCCCGAAGGAUGCUCUGGGAUUCCCAAGCCGGACUGGGGCACCAGACAACAUCAAAACCCUGGGUGACACCUACCAGUUCACAGUAGACGUCUGUGACUUCUCUCCAGAGGACGUGAUUGUGACCACCUCCAACAACCAGAUUGAAGUUCGAGCAGAAAAGCUCGCUACAGACGGCACAGUCAUGAACACCUUUACCCACAAAUGCCAACUACCAGAGGACGUGGACCCCACCUCUGUGACGUCUUCUUUGGGCCCCGAUGGGACGCUCACAAUUAAAGCACGGAGGAACCCGGCUAAACUCGAACACACACAGACUUUCCGCACAGAGAUCAAAAUCUAGCCUUUUCUAUUGAUACCUGUUGCACCGGUUUCACUCAGCCUAGCAUUAUUAUUGUAAUAUUUAAACUUUUACCUUUUCAAUGCUCUACACUGUCUCUAAAAUAAAGGUUGGAUUUGCAUGGUUCUAGAAAAACCCUUUUAUUAGUGUAUAAUUUGAGCAUCAUCUUGAUGCGUUAAAGCUUUAAAGAAGGUUCUUCAGACUCAAAGGCCCGGUUUACACCUGGUUACAUAAUCCAUCUUGAGUAUAAGGAUUAUAUCUGGAUAAGUGAGCUCAUGCACAUUAGAAUGCGAGUGUAAAAACACUCAAUGCACGUUUAAAACAAUAAAUACAAAUCUGAUCACUUAAACUUUUUGAUCCACAUAUUAUAGCAGAGUUAACACAUCCUUAAAUAUAUGUAUGUGUAUAACUUUAACUUCUCCUGAUACAACAAAAUUUUUUUGGUCCCACACAGUAGGAUUUUGGUGAUUUUAAUUUUAAAAUUGCUAGCAUAAUUCUUUAUUUAAAACCAAUAACAAUACAUAUCUAACGUUGAUUAAACAUUAAAUUAACAAAAAAUUAUUUAUCUCCCCUUCUCAUCUCCCCUGUGUGAAUUGGUCUGGCACAGGCAUCUGUUGGCUGAUGUAUCAUAGCUGGGGAUUCAGCUAUGUGAUUUAUUUUGAGCACACUGGCUGCCUAGGGAUGCUGCAUUGAUGACAGUUGAAUAAGAGGCGGAGUCUGAUUUCACAUGUAUCAGAGGACUUCUGUGCUUGUCCUAAUGUCCUAACUCUAAUGUCUGGAGUACUGGAAGUGAUAGGGAAAGUUCUAGUUAGUGGAUGUGUUAAUACGACCGGCUAAAUUGGGGUAAAAGUUAAGUACAAUAAAAAAAAAGGCAUUUUAACUUCUUCUUUUUAACAUUUUAAAUUAUUUUUGGUGCUAUAUAAAACUAUCUUUGAAAGUUUUUUUCAUAAUGGAAGAACUAUUUAACCAGGCAAAGCUGUCAUGGGUCUACAAAGAACCACUGCAUUUCCAAAUGAACCCUUUUAAGAGUGUUCUGCAUUGUCCUAAAUGAAAGAAAUACACUACCACAUCAAUGUUUGUAUUAAAAUUGAGCUAAUUGUUGGUUCCUGUUAAAUUAAUACAUACAUGUACACACAUACAAACAACAAUCAGAAAAUAACAUUUGUCCAAGUGCAUCAGUAACAUAUCAAGUGUUUUCAGGCUGUAAGUGUAAAGACUGCACAAUCUGAGUGUGUGAGUAAAUGUAUAUAUAGGUUGUCGUGUCCCAGUUACUCUAUAUGAAUGCACUGCUGUUUUGUGUUUUGAAUAAAAGGAGACACAGAGAGUG